UGUGACUCGGUUUCCGUUUCUCGCCUGCUUCCGUGAAUAGUAAAAAGAGGCAUCGGUGGUUGAGCGAGACCAGAGUCAGGAGGCUGAACUUCUCAGAUGAGAAGACGCUCUGCAGCAGCAUGUCAACCGGCACUAUGGCCAGGGGAUCAACCAUCAGCGGCGUGGGAAAUCUACACCUAACCGCUAGCUAAAGAUGUUAAAAUGUCAGUCCACGGACUCACGCUCAUCCUGCUGUGCUGGUUACCACUGAGGAUUCUCCUGACCCCGGUCUCCAGUCAUCCGCAGCUCAGUCACUGUCGACUGAUCCAAAGAACGGCGCUCUGCAACAACGCCAACGUCUCCUCAGUGCCUUCAGGACUGCCAGGCGACACAGAGGAUCUUCAGCUGAACAACAACCACCUGGAAACACUACAGGACGAUUCCUUGCUCCUCUACCCUUCACUACUGAGCCUUAGUUUAGCCUGCAACCUUUUGACAGAACUAGAAUCGAACGCCUUUCAAAAUUCACCAUCUCUAAAAUCCCUAAACCUGGCAAACAACAGGCUUCACAUGGGCGUCUCGCAAACCAGCCUUGCCUUGAAAAAGUUACCGCAUCUUCGGGCUCUCGAUCUGUCCGUGAACAAGCUGGGGGGUGAGAUGCUCACUACUCUUCUCCAAAACCUGACAUCCUUGGAGUACCUCAACCUUUCCGGAAACCUCCUGAUGAGACUGGAUGAAAGCUCCUUCAGUGACCUCCACCAGCUCAGGGAGCUGGACCUCCAGAGGAACGUCAUCUUUGAGAUCGACGACGCCUUCCAGAGCAACGCCAAGCUCCAGCGGCUCAAUUUGGCCUUCAACUACCUGCCGUGCUUGACCGACUUCCGAAUGACUCAGCUGGUCGUCCUCAACGCCAGCCACAACUUCAUCGAGUGGUUCAUCUCCAGGCAAGACCUGGACGACACGUUCCAGUUGGAGACGCUCGAUCUCACAGACAACAAACUGCUUUUCUUUCCCUUCCUCCCUAGCCACAGCCGUCUACGGAACCUGUAUCUGGCCCACAACAAUCUGCGGUUCUACGAACACCUGGCGGACAACGUGACGAACCCAAACCUAACUACCACUGUGGAAUUCUACAAUCUGAACAAGGACACGGGAAACGUGACUGCUCAGUUGUGGAACGAAGGUCUGCACGGCGACAUCUCCUCUCUGGAGAUUUUAGAUCUGAGGGUGAACCAGGUGCAGUAUUUUCCGGAAGGAUUCAUCGGGAAGAUGUCUGCGUUGACUCGACUGCAGAUGCGCAAAAACUGUCUGGAGUCGUUGAAUCUAACGGAGGGCUUCUCUGGCAGACUGUACGAGUUGGACAUCAGCGACAACAGGCUGAACCAGAUCUCUGUGGACGCAGAAACGCUGGCCGUUCUCAGCAACCUAACAUACUUUAACCUGAGCCUUAACAACCUCGAGCGGUUGCCCUCAAAGUUGUUUUCCUCGCUGCCAAGCCUCAGAUCGGUGGAUCUCAGCUUCAACGACGUGGACGUUUGCGUUUCCGAAGACGCCGCCCCGAUCAGGGCCGACAACGUCUCGUCGUGCGUGAGUUGGCGAGACGUCGCGUACCUCGAGCAGCUUUACCUCAAAGGGUGCAACCUCGAAAUCAUCCCGCCUUCGGCGUUUUCAGGGUUGUCGCUGACACACCUGGAACUCUCGGAUAACCCUGGACUCCAGGUCCAAGGAUCUAUACGAGGUCUCGGUAGGACUCUGCAACACCUAGGUCUGGGAAACACUCAAAUACGAGACUUGGACUUCUCCCACUUCGAACACUUGAAGUUUUUAAACAUCUCGGCCAACAAUCUUGCCGACCUCCCUUCAUCGCUCCUGGAUCUCGACCUGAAAGUGCUGGACAUAAGGGACAACAGAUUGUCCACCAUCCCUAGGAGUCUGGCAAACACAUUAGCCCCCAAACUUCAGUUGGUUUUCCUGGCAGGAAAUCCCUUCAGCUGCUGCCAAACCGAAUGGUUCAGGACCUUUGAAUCAACGAAAACAAUGACGAUGGUGGAACAAUCGGACAUUAGAUGUGAAGACCUGCUCCUGACGACACACAGGGUCCAGAACCUGCGGUCGUCGGUGUGCCUGGACGAUCGCGGCGAGACGUACAUCCUCUGGUACCUCCUGCUGUUUUUACCCAUAUGUCUGUCCUUUGUGGGCAUCUUGUUCAUCUUCCUUCUCUCCUUCAGGCCCAAAACGCUACAGAAAUCGAUUAAAAAGAGGUGUCUGAAACGUUCGUCUUACUGACACUGACAGUUGUGGAAAUAAACUGACUUUAUAUAUAUAUAUUAAAAAAAAACAAAAACAAAUGUCAGCAUUAAUUUAGAGGUUAUAUGUUUGGUGGUGAUGUUAUAUAAUUUGUUUUUGUGUGUGUGAAUGUGUGUGUUUCUCAGUGUGGUUUUUCUCACGAAAUAUGAUUCUGGAUCUUAUCCUAAUGUAAAUAUGUGGCUUUUGUUCUCGCGGAUGCAUGUAUGUAUGUGUGUGUGUGUGUGUGUGUGUGUGUGUGUAUCAAGAUAUGCAGAAGUAAUGUGAUGCAAUCAGUUGCUAUAACCAGCAGAGGAAACAUGAAAUUUCCUGUUUUGCUAAGAUGUGCAACUGCCCAGUUAUGUGCGAGAGGGAGGAGGGGGUUAAGGUCUCUCUCACGCUGGGACACAAUGAUGUGAAAUUCCAAGUGUCAAAUGUCCGGACGGAUUUAUUUUUACGUUUAAUCUGCAUCAUGCUAUACGUUUUUUUUUUGUUUUUUUUUCACAAUAAAAAACAGUGGCACAGUAUACAUUAUAUACAAUGCAUACAUAUUCUAUAUAUACUACAUAUGCUACAUGGAUACAUAUAUGUAUAGCAAAUAUAUACAUAUAUGUGCGUAAAUAUAUAUAUAUAAAUAUAUGUAGUACAUGCACAGUAUAUGCAUUGUAUGCGCCAUCAUAGCCGAAUGUGUCAAUGUGUCUGUGUAUGUAUAUAUAUAUAUAUAUAUAUUUUUAUAUACAUUACAGUAUUAAAAAGGACUGGUGAAGACGUCAACAGCAGCGUUUUGAAUGUGCGGCAUAUUUUUCCCUGGUUGUGUGCACGUGAGUAGCUGCAGAGAGUUGAAGGCUUAACCAAAAUGUAACCAUAAUACCACUGCGGGGAUGCUGAGGGUCAUGGUGGUUGAACAUAAAAAAAGAGAAACUGGAGUGCAGAGUUGUUACAGCCUCACACUUUUGUACACCUUUCCAAAACCUACUAUUGGAAAUUGGAGUAGAAAUAUAUUACCAAAAAAAAAAAAA